AUGCACAAGCGCUUCGAGGUUCCUAGGAAGACCGGCAAGACGGAAGUGCCCAUCCACCGCAUACAGCCAGGCUUCACACCGGCCCUAGCAGGAUACCCCAAGGUCUUUGUCAUCCACAAGGACAACUAUCUCUUUAACGAGUCAGCUCUGAAAGACACCGCCGUCCUUGCUGUUAACCUGUUUCUAUCGCCAAACCAAACAGGCGGCAAGGCCACCCUCCCAUCUAACGUUCUUACAGGCCUCCUCGACUUCAGUAGGGUCAGUGCCGAAUUCGUCGAGACCAGCAGGAAGCAGGGCAAGUCCAGGCUCAUUAUUAACCUCCAGGGUAAUAGUGGAGGCCUCGUGUGGAAUGCCAUGUCCUUAUACGCCACCCUCUUCCCCAACAACAGUAAGGCGCACAUGAAGAUGCGCGUCCAUGCGCACCAUCUCCUGGACUGGGUCAGGACCAUGCUUGGAAAGAUGGGUGCCAAUAUCAAGACCAUGCCCUACCCGGUUAGGUCCAGCGGCUUUCUUGAUAAGGACUUGAAGAACUUUACGGACUAG